GCGCGGCCGCACCUAGGGAAGAGCAGCGUCCGGCUGGCCGUCGGGGUGGGGGGGGAGCAGAAGAGCCAGGACAUCCCCGGCCCGGGUCGCAGCGCGCGGGGCGCUCCCCUUUGAGAGAGGGGAGAAGGGGGGCCCCCGCCGACGCCCCCAGGCCGGCACACCUGGCUCCCCCAUCGCGUCUUCCACGCGCGCGUUUCCGGAGCGCUCCAGCCCGUCAAGCCGUCCAGAGCCGAGGCCAGCAUGGCCAUCGCGGCCAUCCUAGAUAUGUGGAUCUGGGCGCUGCUAAUGCUGCUGCUAGCGCUGCCCCUGCUGAGCCGCACUGUCAACUUCUAUUUCAAGAUCGGAUCCUAUUGCCUGCUAUGCUUGGGGGCCUCCUUGGUGGCCUCCGUGGUCUGCUUCCUGGUCAAUAGGGGUCGCACCGUGCGCAACAUGAGAAUCGUCAAGAAAUUUGUCCGAGUUUUUAAGUACUUUUAUGGCCUUCGGUUGGAGGCACACGGUGUGGAGAAGCUGCAUGAUGACAAGCCAUGUGUCAUCAUCUCUAACCACCAGAGCAUCUUGGAUAUGAUAGGUAUGAUGGAGAUCCUCCCAAAAAACUGCAUCCAGAUUGCCAAGCGAGAGCUGGUUUUCGCAGGCCCUGUGGGCCUAAUCAUGUACCUUGGAGGUGUCAUCUUCAUCAAUAGAAAGCAGACAAGCACAGCCAUGUCAGUGAUGGGGGAAGUGGGUGACAUCUUGGUUAAGGAGAAUCUAAAAGUGUGGAUUUAUCCUGAGGGCACACGAAAUGGAAGUUAUGACAUGUUGCCAUUCAAGAAGGGUGCCUUUUAUGUGGCUGUCCAGGCCCAGGUGCCAAUCAUUCCUGUGGUAUAUUCGUCAUUCACUUCCUUUUACCAACCAGAGAAGAAAAUCUUCACAUCAGUACAUUGGGCUUCCUACUCUUUGGAAGUGGUAAUUAGCAUUAAGCAGAACUGAUCACCUUACUAGGUUCCCACCAGCUUUGAUCUUCUAACAACCCCAUAAGAAGACAGCCAGCUGUCAAGCAGAUUGUGUAUGAGGGUAGCUAAGGAACCUCAGCAGGACAUACCAAAAGUCGUUUUAAGCUAUUAAAUCUUGUGAUUCAACAACAGCAAAAUCUUUGAAAGGUGGGAAGUUAUAAGCCUUGUCUAGUUUCUUUCAGUGAUGUGUUUUUAUUUCAUGGUUGCAUUCUCAGGAAUGAAAGGCUGCCCCCAGGAAACAUCUGGCCUACAAUAUUUUUUUUAAUUGAAAAAAUUUUAUGUAAUUAAUUAACUUUAGAAUAUUUUUCCAUGGUUACAUGAUUUCAUAUUUUCCUUCUCCACCCCCCCCCCAAUAGUGAAAGAGCAAUUCCAUUGGGUUUUACAUGUGUCAUUGAUCAAGAGCUAUUCCCAUAUUGUUGAUGUUUGCACCAGGGUGAUCAUUUAGAGUCUACAUCCCCAAUCAUAUCCCCAUCAACCCAUGUGAUCAAGCAGUUGUUUUUCUUCUGCAUUUCUGCUCCCACAGUUCUUUCUCUGAAUGCAGAUCAUGUUCUUUCUUAUAAGUCCCUCAGAAUUGUCCUGGAUCAUUGCAUUGCUGCUAGUAGAGAAGUCCAUUACAUUCAAUGGUGCCACAGUGUAUCAGUCUCUGUGUACAAUGUUUUCCUGGUUCUGCUCCUCUCACUCUGCAUCAAUUCCUGGAGGUUGUUCCAGUCUCCAUGGAAUUCCUCCACUUUAUUAUUCUUUUGAGCACAAUAGUAUUCCAUCACCAACAUAUACCAUAAUGUGUUCAGCCAUUCCCCAAUAGAAAGACAUCCCCUCAUUUUCCAAUUUUUGGCCACCACAAAGAGUGCAGCAGCACAAAGACUUCUUGUACAAGUCUUUUUCCUUAUCUCUUUGGGGUAUAAACCCAGCAGUGAUAUGGCUGGAUCAAAGGGCAGGCAGUCUUUUAGCACCCUUUGGGCAUAGUUCCAAAUUGCCGUCCAGAAUGGUUGGAUCAAUUCACAACUCUACCAGUGGCCUACAAUAUUCUUCAUGAUUUUUUUCUCUUUGUUUAUUUUUUUAAACUUUUAAACUCUUAACUUCCAUCUUUGGUUCCAAAGCUGAAGAGCAGUAAGGGCUAGAUGAUGAGGGUUAAGUGGCUUGCCCAGGGUCAUAGAGCAAGGAAUUGUCUGAGGUCAAAUUUGAACCCGGGACCUCCCUCCCAUCUUUAGGGUAUUACUUGUUGCAUCUUUUUUAUUCCUGGGAAGAGGUUUAUAAGAGAGGGUAUCACCAAAAAGAUAGGUUCUUUUUUUUUUUUAAACCCUUAUCUUCUAUCUUAGAAUUGUUACCAAGUAUUCCAAGGCAGAAGAGUGGUAAGGGAUAGAUAAUUGGGUUCAAGUGGCUUGCCCAGGGCCCACAGCUGGGAAUUACCUGGUUAUAUUUGAACUCAAGACCUCUCAUCUCCAGGCCUGGCUUCCAAUCCGCUGAACCACUUAACUGUUCCUUUAUUUGUACAAAGAAGCAUUUAUCAAUUUCUUUGUGCCAGACACUAGAUUCUAUAGGUACAAAGAUUUAAAAACUACAUUCUCUUUGCUGUAAGAGCUUAUAUUCUAGGGUGGCAGUGGAAUACAAUAUGUACAUAGAUAAAAGUAAAGCAUGGUAGAGUAUAAUAGGGACAAAGGAGAAAGAUAAAGUACUCUCAGAAAAUUUCAAAGGGGACAUAGCUGGGAAGUUGGAAGGACUGGGAAGCCUUCAUAGAAGAGGUAGUACUUAUGGCCUUGGCUUAGAAAGAAGAAAACUGAAAAUCUGCCACAAACAGAAGCUUAAUUUUUUAUACUUAGACAAAGGAGGCCUACCAGGAGACUACUGUGCCAGGCUAUCUCAGGAACAUAGGAAUCAAGGCUGGAAGGAACCUUAGAGGUCCCAUUUAUUGAGAGCUUCCUGUGUGCUGGGCCUUUUGCCAACUCUGAAGAUACCAAAAGAAAGAAUGAAAUAAUCCUUAUUCUCACAGACCUUAAAUUUUACCUGGGGAGAUAAGUACACAUAUGUGUUAUGCGAUAAAUAUAAAAGAAAACAGAAGUGAAUUCAGAGUGGUUUAGAGAAGGAGAGUACCAGCAGCUAGAAGGGGAAGAAAUCGCUGGGUUUCCUUUUAAAAAGAAUUUCUUUCAGGCAGAGGUAAAAGAACAUUGUAGGCAUGAAAUCAGUGUAAAAACAGACAAGAGAAGGGGUAUAGUAUAUGUGGAAAGGCCAGUUUGGCUAGCUUGUAGAAUGUGGGAAGUAGAAUGAUGUAUAUAAAGCUGGAAGGCUAGGCUGGGACCAGUUUUUCAAUAUUCAAUUAAUUAUUCAAUAAAUCAGUUGAUGAGUUGGUAUCUGGUCCUGGGGAUCCCCCGGAUUUUAUUGAAUGGGAGUGUUGGUAGUCAGAUCUUAGCAUAAGAAAAAUUGCUUUAGCAGUUGUGAGGAAGAUGAACAGGAGCCAAGAGAAUCUGGAGGCAGGAAGUUCAGACAUCCCUAGAUCAUAGAUUUAUCUAUAGCCAGCUCCCUCCUCUUCUUCCCAAAGUUCAUCAAUGCCAUAAUCUCUUGUUUCUUGGGAAACUUUAAGUGGGAUUCUGACUCUGGAGAGAGGUGAGUGACACCUCGUAAAAGUUACAACUUUUAACUGAGACAGAUUCUUGGAUUCUUGACCUGAAAGUGCCUGAUGAGUUCAUUCCUUGACACUUGGCAGCUUGUGAUUGUAUAGUAGGCAGUACUAUAUGAUAAAGCAGUUUAUUUAUCCCUGGAGGCUAAGAGGGGCUUAGGAAGCCUAGGAUGUCCUGGCUUCCUGUAGACACAGGCUUAACAUAAAAGAAUAAAUGAAGUUUGCAACCGUUUCAGCAUGCGCCAGUGUCAGAAUUGCAUUUAUACAUCAAUUUAUGAAGGAUCUAUAAUUUUGUUAACAUAGGAAUUUCCAUUAUGGAAAUUCUCUCUGCUAAUGCUAAUCACAACCCCUUUGAAUUAUAGUGAUUAACUAUAAUUGAAAGAAACAUUCAAGAUCAUCUGUUCCAAGCAUUCUUAACCCUUUUAUGUGACAUGGUGCCUUCUGGCAGUCUGGCAAAGUCUAUGGAUCCCUUCUCAGAAUAUAUAAAUUAGGAGUCAGCAGGAUGGCUCAGUGGAUUGAAAACCAGGCCUCAGAAAAUCUGGCCUCAGGUGUGUGACCCUGGGCAAGUCACUUAACCCACAUUGCCUAGCCCUUACUACUCUUCUGUCUUGGAACCAAAACACACUAUUGAUUCUAAGACAAUAAGGGUUUUUAAAAAAAGAAUGCAUAAAUUAAAAUACAUUGGCUCACAAAGGAAACCAUAUGGUAAAAGAUUUUUUCCCAUCUAAAUUCUUAGAUCUCCCCCUGAAAUCCACGAAUCUCUUAGAAAUCCACGUAACCCAAGUUAAGAACCCAUUAUCUAGCCCAAUCCCCUGUGUUUUACAGAUUCAGGAACUCCAAUGGACAAUUGCUAUGACUUAGGAUCAUAGGUUCAGAAUUAGAAGGGAACUUGGAGAUCAUCAGGCCCAACCCCUUCAUGUCAUAGAUGAGCAAACAGGCUCAUUUAACAGAGGUUAAAUGACUUUGCCCUGGGUCACAAAGCAGAAUUCCAGAAGCUGGGUCCAGCACCAACCACUGCACCACCUGGUUUCUACCCAAGGUCUAAAAAGCAAAUGACAGAGCGAAUAUUCGAACCCAUUUCCACAGACUGUAAAACCAGUGAAAUUUCCUUUCUACAGUGCAGGUUGCCUCCAGCAGCCCACAGGGUCUGAAAGAUCCGAACCCAGGAUUCUCUUCAUGAAGCCAGGCUGAUUAUUGUGUUUGGACUCUUCUUUUAACCUUUUUUCAAAGUGACCAGCAGCCUUUAUGCUGGGAAGAAAGCACUUCUGCCUUGGAAUGAGAAGUCCUGAUACUGAUGGGUAGCUGCAUACCUUAGCUAUGGGACUUUUCUCUGAGCCUCACUUUCCCCAUCUCUAAAAUGGAGAUGAUAAUCCUUGAACCACAUUUCUCAGUGUUGUGAUGAAAAUGAUUUGUAAAGAAUACCAAAGUAAGGAAGAGGUGGCAUGGGGAAAAGGAUAUCUGUAUCAUUUUUCUCAGAUAAAGGUUGGAUAUCCAAGAUAUAGAAACAAUGAGCAAUCGAUGUAUAUAUAAUAAACAGAAACAACAGAGUAUACUUUUGUUAUUUAGCUGUUUUCAGUCGUGUCUGAUUCUUUGGGACCCCAUGUAGGGUUUUCUUUGCCAAGACAUUGGGUGAUUUGCCAUUUCCUUUUCUAGCCCAUUUUACAGAUGAGGAAACUGAGGCCAAAAGGGUUAAGGGACUUGUCCAAGGUCCCACAGUAAACAUCUGAGGCCAGGUUUGAAGUCAGGCUAGACACUACUGUACCACAUAACUGCCCUGAGUUUAUGUAAAUAUACAUGUGUAUAUUCAUUUCCCAAUAGAGACAUCAAAGAUAUUCUCAAAAAGAAGAAUUAUAAACUAUUAACUAUAUGAAAGAAUGCUCCAAAUCCAAAUAAGCCUGAGGUUUUCCCUACAAACUAUUAAGGAUUAAAAGAUGGGAAUAGGGGCAGCUAGGAAGCACAGUGGAUAGAGUGCCAGGCCUGAAAUCAAGAGGUCCUGGGUUCAAAUUUACCUCAGUAACUUCCUAGCUGUGUGACCCUGGGCAAGUCACUUAACCCCCACUGCCUAGGCCUUACAAGCACUCUUCUGUCUUUGAAUCUAUACUAAGAAGGCACAGCUUUAAAAAAUAUAAGAAGAAUUAAUAAUGAAGAUUGGCACUCUAAAACGUUGGUGUAAAGGUAGUUCAGUGGGAACAGUUAGGUGGCUAAGUGGCUACAGCCCCAGGUCUGGAGUCAGAAAGAUGACUUAAAAUCCUACUUUAGAUGUUUUUAGCUGUGUGACCCUGGGCAAGUCACUAAAUUGUUGACCCAUAGCAUCUACCUUCUCAGGAACCUUUUGAAGAAAGUACACAGGUUUUUGGUUUUAUUUAUUUUUAACUUCUAUCUUCUGUCCUAAAAUCAAUAUUGUUGGUUUCAAGGCAGAAGAAAGGUAAGAACUAGACAAUGAAAGUUUUGUGACUUAUUAUCCAGGGUCACACAGCUAGGAAGUAUCAGAGGUGAGAUUUGAACCCAGGACCUCCCAUGUCCAGGCUUGGCUCUCUAUCCAAUGAGCUACCCCAAUUUCUCCAUACCAGGGCAUUUUAAAAAUGGAGAAACAGAAGCCCAAGAGAUUUAGUCAAAGUAAAAGUCAUGCAUUGUUGAUGACUUAGGUUUUCCUGGUCCAGGGCUUGACUUUCAGUUUCUUCUCUUCCCUAAAAUUGCCAUGGAGGCUUGUGGUCCUAAACACUAGCCAUGUACACAGUGCAUGACUUGGUUCCCUUUAGUAACUUUGUAUCUUGCUCUGUCUCUGGGAAGGCUUCCUGGUGAUACUUCCCUGUAUCGUGUCCAGGCCCACAUUCCUACUGGCCAACACUUGUGUAGCUAGUGUAAUGGUGCAUGGCAUGGAGUGGCUCCUUUUUGAUGUGUCUUCCUGGUGUCCAGCAGAGUGGAAAUGGUCAUGCUCCAAGGGGCGUGGGUGUGCUCCCUCCUUGCCCUGCCACAAAGGGACAUAGGUCCUGAAAUAGCCACAAACAAGGGAGGUCACUCCCGCCACUCCCUGUCCCCCAGCUCCAAAUUUCAAAGGAAAAACAUGGUGAGGGUCAGUCUUGCCUUCCAGAAGGCUGCCUAAAUCAUCAUGUUCUUAAGGCUUAAUGAGCAUAGCCAGGUGCCACGAUGCUACACUCAAAUAUCCCAAUCUGAUUGCAGUUUUGUUUUGUUUUUAUUUUGUACAAAGGUUAGACUAGACACAGCAUUAAACAAAUACCAAUGGCUUCUGGAUGGAUCGGUCCAGGGAGGAAAUGAGAUACAAGUGUACCAUUUUACCCACUGGGCACCGCUGCCCUCCUAAGCUCCCUGCGUGGGGGAGCCUCCCUUCCUCCUGCCCGUCCUGAAGCUGGGAGUCAGGCACCAGGAUGGUAGCAGAAGGUCAGUGGGGAAGAGAUCUCGUACCUUUGCCUCCGUGCCCCGGACAGCCUGCUCUUGGCUAGGUCUUGGAUGACAAAUGGGUGAGUCAUCCCCAUGCUGCUAUGCAGGCUGCCCUUACAACACAGCUCAGAAAUAAACUUUGGCAUCAGCUGUACCAGGGGCAGGGGCUGGUGUCCAAGUAGGGAGCAGCUUGAAGAGGAAGAGGGAGGGAAGGACAUCAUUGCAGUUGGGACCAAUCAAGACUCAAGAUGGGGCUUCCUACCCUUGUCUCAGGUCACAGGACAAAUGGGGACAAGGUUAUGAGCUCAAUUUGUGGAUUGGAUUCAUAGGAGAGGAGAAAAAAACAACCACCCAGUUCCUUAGACACUUCUGCAUGCUUAAGUAGUCAUGUCACACAAUCAUGGGCUGUUGAUAACAUGGUGGAACAGGAAAUAGUGCAUGGCUAGGGACAGCUCAUCCUCACGGUGGAAGAGAGAAAUUUGUUCACAUCCUCUUAUUGACAGCUUAGGAUGUACUCCAUCUUGGGAUGUUAUGGAGGGGAGAUUAGACUGGAUGAACCCUAAAGGGCCUUUCAACUCUGGGGUAUCGUGGGCCCAUGAUCUCUGCAGAUACGGAGAGAAUGAGCCUAAUAACUGUCAUUUCAAGAGCAUCUGAAAGUUUGCAAAGUGCUUUGUAUCUUCAUUGUCUCCUUUCAUCCUCACAACAGCCCUGGGAAGUAAGUAGGUCACUUCAGGUGUCUCUGCUAUUUUAUAGAAGGGAAAACUGAGGAGUUUAGAGAUUAAGUAGCAUACCUAGGAAAUGUGAGGGACAGGAUCUGAACCCAGAUCUCUCCUGAUCCCAACAUUCCUUCUCUUCUAUCACAUUGCCUUCAAAUUUAGAAUUCUUUCUUACUUCUUGUGAAACAGAAGAAUCCAAAGAUCUGGAGCAGAAAGGAACACAGGGACCACUGACUAUCUCCCCCUUUUUAUAAAUGAAGAAAAUGGCUAACUGUCUUGGCCAAGACUAUACAGUAAAUGGCAGGAGGAUUAGAAUCUGGGUCCCUUACUCCAAAUGCCCUGUUUUUUCCCCCAUUGUAUCUUGUUUGUCAUUCCCAAGUUCUAACCAUUGCUUCUCCCAAAUGGUCCCUGCCAGAUUGGCACUUAAUCUGACCUAGGUAAUCAUAGCUCCUUGGUGCCAAUGAUUCCUGCCUUCUCCAACCUCAAUAACAUGGUAGCAGGGGUGGAGAAGCCUUUUGUCAUCACUCCAGAAACAGGGUAGUGGGAAAGGAGGAUGAGGUCCCACCCUUAAUGAGGGAAAAGAAAAAAUGGGAGGUUGGGUCAUGGAAGAAGGAUAAAAGAAGGCUGGGUAUCAAUCCAUCCUAAUAUCACAAGCUAUCCCUUGCAGCCUGCUGCUUGGUCUACUUGUGGGAAAGAGUCCAGACUAUUUUCCUGAAGAUGAGUGGUAUAUGGCUUGAGAUUUGUACUCAGUACAGACAUCUUUAAAAGGAAAAGAUGUGGCAGGUUCUCUGUGGUCCCAUUCGAGGCCUCCAUUCUCAAUCCCCUGCCAAGCAAGGACUCUGGGCUUGGCUGGGCAUCUCUUAUUGCUUGUUCUUGCAGGAACCUAAACACCAGGAAGAAGCAGAGAAGAGACUUACCAAUUCGGGGCAAAGGAACCCAGAAUCCACACCCCUUCUUUUUAAUUUUUUUUAAUUUAUCUGAUUUUCACAACUUUUAUAUAUAUAUACACAUGGCAAAUUCAGUAUUUGUUUUGUCAUGCAUCUGGUGGACUGAUUGCUUCUCAAAUAAAAUGAUUAAAAUUUGGGGGACUAUAAAAAAAUCCUACUACAAACCAUGGAAAUGGGGCUCUCAAUGCUCUGGCUUUCUCUCCUGGCACAGGAAAGAUGACCAUCCAUGGGCUUUCUUCUCCAGGUGGGGCCCCAGCUCUAUGGUCUUCACACACCCAAACCAAACAGAAGAAAUCACCCCAAAGCAUGUUGGGUACCUGCCUUUGAGGAACUCCCAGAGUGGUGGAGGAAAAGGACUCACUACAUUGAAAGAUGAUGAGCUGGCCACACCAGGGAGGGUUGCCAUUCACUUACAGGUCUCUAGGCGUUCCUCCAGGAACAGAAUCUGCUCACUCAAGGAGUCAAUACGGUCCAGCUGCUGGAAGGAGUGGGCCAGAAGGCUCAUGUGGUCCGAAGGUCCAUCUUCUGAGACUUGGGGCGCCACGCUGUGGAAGGGAGCCAGCAUCAGCUGCAGCUUCUAGAGGAAAAGCAGUAAAUUCAGCUAUCAAUGAGGAUUUAGUAGGCACCUACUGUAUGCCAAGCCUAUGCUAGGUGCUUGGGCUACAAGGGCAGAGAAUAAAGCAAUCCCUACCACAAGGAAUUAUAUUCAGUUAGAAUGAGCUUAUAUUCUAAUGGGGGAGACAAAUAUGUACAGAAAUAUAUAGCACAAAGUUAAUAAAUACAUAAUACAUACACACAUACUCACACACAAAGUAGUUAAAAUACAGGGUUUUAGAGGUAAGGCAUGAAGGAAUGCUUUCAUGUUACUGCGGAGGGUAGGGGACGAGAAAAGCUGUGUAAGCUUCUGGGAAAGGGGAGACAGUGAUUGUAAGUCUCCAGGCAGAGCCUAACUGGGAGGUGACUAGCCCAGGGGGAGAAGAAGCAGUAAUAAUAUACUUUUUUUAAAAUUCUGUACCUUUCAUUUUUAAAUUAGUACUGAAUAAUGGUUCUAAAUCAGAGUGAUAAGGGUUAGGCUGUGGGGGUUAAGUGACUUGCCCAGGGUCACACAACUAGGAGGUGUCUGAAGCAAAAUUUGAACCCAGGACCUCCUUCCUGGCUCUAGGCUGAGCUCUGAAUCCCCUAUGCCACCCAUUUGUCCCCCCACACUUAUUUUCUAAUCAUAUUUCUAUACAAAGCACAUGAUCUCAUUAGCUCCCAUGAUCGUUAAGGCCUCAAGAUCUGAUAGUCUGAAAGUCUGAUAACUCUGGAAAGGAAGUAGAUUAGGAAUUAUUUUUUCCAUUCAAAACAGGAAACAGGCCCAGGGACUUGCCCAGUGUUUCACAGCAAAUCAGUGGCAGCGCUGAGUCUACUGUGCAUGCACAGUGCUAGGCACAUGAGUGUUGGGAUAUGUGGGUGCUUUGUUUUGGUUAGACCUGCGAUUUCAUGAGUUAGGGGAACCCAAGAAUGGAAAUUCCCUUCUCUAUUACAGACCAAUAAUUCAUCUACAAUUAUUUGUAGUCUUGGUGAGCUGCCUCAAAUACCGAGAGGUUCAGUGACUUCCCUGGGUCAGCAGCCAGUGUAGAUUAGAGGAAGGACUAGAACCCAACUCUUUCUGACUCCAAAGAUGGCCUCCUCUAGGCACUGCACACACCAUCCCCCAUCUACACAGUGAUGGUUGUAUUUUUCAGUUGUAUCUGACUCUUCGUGACCCCAUUUGGAGUUUUUUUAGCAGACACUGGAGUGGUUUGCCAUUUCCUUUUCUAGCUCUUUUUACAGAUGAGGAAAUAGGCAAACAGGGUGAAGUGACUUGUUUAGGGUCCCAUAGCUACUAAGGGUCUGAGGCUACAUUUGAACUCAUCUUUCUGACUCCAGACCUGGUCCUCCAUUGACCAUAGCACCCACUGCCCUUAUAGGUAUUUAAUAAAUGUGGUGGUUUUCUCACUGAUCAGCAGGAGAGUUUGCAAUGAAUUAACUAGUACUUUAAGAAGUGUCCCUUUGCAUGACAAUAGAAAAAGGGAAGAAAGGAAGGAAGGAAGAAAAGAGAAAGAAAAAAGAGAGAAAGAAAGGCAGGAAGAAAGAAAGAAAGGCAGGAAGGGAAAAAAGGAAGGAAGAAAGAAAAGAGCAAGAAAGAAAGAAAGAAAGAAAAAAAGA